CUCUCAAUCGAAAGGCGGAGAUUCAAUUCAAUUCAAAUUUGAUAUCAAAGCAAAAAGUGCGAAAAACCCUACCGCUUCAUCCCUUCUUCAAAAACACUCGCUCCUCCAGCUCUUAAAUCCUCUUCUUCUGAAUCUUCUCGUUCAGAUUUCUGCACCUUCGAAUCUCACAAUUUCUCUUACAAAUCUCAAAAUGCUUCUGAAUCUCGACGCCAUGAACGAUCAAUCCGUCGGAGUGCCGCCGGAGGACAGCACUCGCUUCCUUUCCGGUUGUGAUUCGAACCCUGCUCUGAAUCCCGAAACAGAAUUAAAUGAAGGCACUGGCAAACCUGUGGAUGGGGAUAUUGUAUCCAACACGGACCGGGAAAUUUCCUUUGAUCAAGAGCCCACACUACCAAUAUUGCAAAAAAUUAUGGAUUUGAGCAAUAAUAUUCAGAAUUUGAAGAAAGAGCACAUAUUUCUAUCCAGUCAAGUAAAGGACAUGAAAGCAGAUUCCAUUCUUGGUCCUGAAGUUUUAGACACUCUUAAGCAUCUCAAUAAUCAGUAUGAACUUUUAAAGAAUAAGUACCUACAAGAGUACUCUGAACGGAAACGACUUUACAAUGAAGUAAUAGAGCUCAAAGGGAAUAUAAGGGUUUUCUGCAGAUGUAGACCCAUAAACCAAGUUGAGGUUACAAAUGGCUGCACUUCUGUAGUUGAAUUUGAUCCAUCACAAGAGAAUGAGCUGCAUAUUAUCUCGUCAGAUUCUUCCAAGAAGCAAUUUAAGUUUGACCAUGUUUUUGGGCCUCAGGAUGGCCAAGAGGCAGUUUUUGCACAAACUAAACCUAUUGUCACUUCUGUUUUGGAUGGCUAUAAUGUCUGCAUAUUUGCAUAUGGGCAAACUGGAACUGGAAAGACCUUUACAAUGGAAGGAACACCUGAAAAUAGGGGAGUGAACUAUAGAACUUUGGAGGAGUUAUUUAGGAUUUCUGGAGAGAGAAGCAAUUUCAUGACUUAUGAGAUCUACGUUAGCAUGUUGGAGGUUUACAAUGAGAAGAUACGGGAUCUCUUUGUAGAAAAUUCUAACCAGCCUCCCAAAAGACUGGAGAUAAAGCAAGCAGCAGACGGAACCCAAGAAGUCCCAGGACUUGUAGAAGCUCGUGUUUAUGGUACAGAGGAAGUCUGGGAACUACUCAAGUCUGGAAGCCGAGUCAGAUCUGUUGGAUCUACCAAUGCAAAUGAACUUAGCAGCCGCUCCCACUGCUUAUUGCGCGUGGCUGUAAAGGGACAGAAGACAAAGAGUCACCUCUGGCUUGUAGAUUUAGCUGGUAGUGAACGUGUUGGAAAGAUUGAAGUUGAAGGCGAAAGGCUGAAGGAAUCUCAGUUCAUUAAUAAAUCACUCUCAGCUCUUGGUGAUGUGAUCUCUGCCCUUGCAUCUAAGACAAGCCACAUUCCGUAUAGGAACUCAAAGCUCACCCAUUUGCUGCAAAGCUCUCUCGGAGGAGAUUGCAAAACCCUGAUGUUUGUUCAGAUCAGCCCGAGUACUGCGGACUUAGGAGAGACCCUCUGCUCGCUAAACUUUGCCAGCAGAGUUCGAGGAGUUGAAAGCGCUCCUGCUCGCAAACAGGCUGAUGUUACUGAGCUUCUGAAAUACAAGCAAAUGGCAGAAAAGCUAAAGCAUGAUGAGAAAGAUACAAAGAAGUUGCAGGAUAAUUUGCAGUCCUUGCAGUUAAGACUUGCUGCCAGAGAACACAUAUGUAAAAAUCUCCAAGAAAAGGUCCGUGACCUUGAGAAUCAGUUAGUUGAAGAAAGGAAAAUCAGAUUAAAGCAGGAAACCAGAGCAUUUGCUUCUGUUUCUAUUCAGUCUUCAUCUCAAAGACAAGAAACAGAGAAGACUAGAACUGAGAGAAAACCACCAUUAGGUCCUUCAAAAUUGAGGCUUCCUUUGAGAAGAAUUAACAAUGCAAUGUCCCUUCCAUCUCCUGCCCCACCAAAGAAAUCUGCCACUACAAAAGGUUUUUCAGUGGCAUCAACUGAGGAUAAAGAGAACAAUAUUAGAACCAUGAUGGCAGCACCUAACAAAAAUGCCCUUCUGCAACCAAGACGCAUUUCUGUUGCUGUCAGACCACCUCUGCCUUCAACAACAGCAGAGGUUCUUAAACCUAAGAGACGUGUAUCCAUUGCUACCCUCCAGCCAGAGCCGAGUUUGCAGAUGACAACACCGCUCCGUGCCUCUUCUUCUCAUUUCCAAAAUGGCAGUGCAAUCGGCAGACCAUCGUUUGUGAGGGACCAAAGGAAAGCACGGUAUUCAAGGUUAUUCUCUCCUUUGCCAAAAUUGAAGAAUGCAUCAGAGACAUCACCAACUAUCAUGAGAAGCAGCAGCAAAUUCAUGGGGAGUCCUCCAUUACAGCCAGGUUCAUGGAAGCCAAAGCAUCCUACAGUGGUUGCAUUGCAGAGGAAAUCAUUGGUGUGGAGUCCACUCAAGUUGAAAGGGAUGAAAGCUUACAGAAAGUCAUUACUAUUACCUUCUCGACCUUCAGCUGAUAUGCAAUGAAAAAACACGUGUUUGCACAGCCCCUCAAUUGCUCAAACACUUGAACAACAGUAAAAUCUUUUACUCGUUUCCUGUGUUUCAGGGUUUAGGAUCCUUGUGUUUGCAAUUGCAAUAUAUAUAAUAAUUCAAAUGCAGAUUUUUUUGUUACUACUCGCUCCUAUGGCAUACAGCUCUUUUGAAAGGGUUUUUCUUACAUUUAACAUAGGAAGAAGCCGAUUUUUGUUUUCCCAUGAACUUAGAAAAAAGGUGAUACCACCUA